GUAGCAUGCUGUGGCCACGCAAAUAUGUGACUGAAAACUGAGUACUGUUGUGCAAGCACGGUAGAGCAGAGCCAUAAAGUUGUUGUUUGAAGACCUCGACACAGCUUCAGAGCUGGGAUCAUGCUGAAGUAAGCAUGGGGCGGGGAGCUUUGGAAAACAGGAACAGCAGAAGAGCAGAAAUUGCUGGAAACCCUUUUUCUUAAAGCAGAGAACCAACUCUCUGGAAUUCAGCUUAAUAUUGAUGUGACUGACUACCAUGUGCAUAGCAUCCUAAUUAAUCACAGCACUAAUGAACCCCCAAGGUACAUGGUGCCCACAGGGACCUACAAGCCAGGUCUCCAGGCACAGAGGCGCUCGGCUGGAACAUGUACAGCGGAGCUGGCGAUAACGCAUCCAGAACCAAGGAUGCCUGUGAAGGCAACGAGACGUGGCAGGGCCUGCGUUUCCCCUCAGUGCAUAGCCUGGCCACACCGCUGUGGGACAGGAGGUGUGGGAAGGCAAGGGCAUGAGCACAACUGAGGUGCCAUCCCUUUCCUUGUUGGUGGCAAUACAGGCCUACUUUUGGAAUCACUACUUACAAAAGAUCAACAUGAAGGUUUUUGUUUCAACGGCACAAGCCUUUCUUGCAUCCACAUUGAAAAUCAUGUUGCUUUUUCAAGAGCUCCACAAGGAUCCAAGUGAAAAGGUGAGGACUGCAUAUAGGUGUACCUUUCAAAAUUCAAUGAAACGAGGCAUUAAAAUCAGUCCCAACACCCUGAGUUUUAAGAAAUUAUUUCCUACUGAACUGAUUGGGAAUCUGCAGAGAAUAACUUUGCUUGUAUGUCCCUCCCAGAUUUGCAGACAGACUAAAGAAGAGUCCUUUGAGCAGUGUGCCGCACUUCUUGGCGAGUUCAGCAGAGCAGUGGACGCCCUUGAUGCCACAGGCACAGGAGAAUUCUCUGUGCCGUACAUGCUCAGUACUGGGGAGGAAGCGCUGCUGCUUCGUACCGAAAGCCUGUCUAGCGGACAGAAAGUUUUCCAGGAGCAGCGUGGUUGUGUUUCUCCGGGGGAAUGUCCUCCAGGCACAGCACAGGGAAAUGGAGGAGGGAAAUUUUCACCUCCAGAAAUCCUGUUUGGCAAGCCAAGGAUGUCUGGGCCUGCGAGAGGGACUGCAGCGGGCAGCUCCGUGCAGCUACGACUCCUCGAUGAGACUUUCCCUGAGACCGAACAAGAUCAUUUCCCUGGAGAGAGGAGGCAGGGUAGGAGCGUGCACAUAGUAACUCGGCUGACGGGUGAUAGCUCAUUAAGCUGUCACAGCUCUAUGGUAACAGCGUGUACGGCAUCCGCAUCGAAAGCAAACACGCAGGCUUUGAUCAAGUUUGCUCUUAUUCUACUAGCAGAGUUCAGCCCAGCCUGGGCUCCUCGGGAGCUGGGGACUUACUCUGCAGCUUGCAGAAUAAGCCCUGUCUCUGCCUUUUCGGGGACACCUUCAUCGGUUUUCUUGUUGCUGUGCCCAGUCCCUAUCCAGGGCUAAUGCGGAGGGUCAGCGUCGCCGUCCUCCGAAGCUCUGCGCAGGCAGCAGCCUGGGCUUUAGGUCGCCUUCUCUACCACGACCCCCUCGGUGAGGUUCUCGGAAGCCCCACUCUACCGCUGCGUGCACCUGAAUGCGCAGGGAGGCUUCUGUGGUCUGCGGAAGGAGCGGGGUUUGAACAGCUUCUGUUGAGUUAUUUUUGCAUGAUUCAUACAUGCCUUGGGCU